AAGAGCCGAUUAAAUAGGAAGGACGAUCACGAAAAGAUAGAGACCAAAUCUGUGCAGGGAUCGUCCCCGCAUAUAAAUACACACAACCCCCUCUUCACCUCCCACGACCUCCUUCAACAACCGCUCUAAUCUCCCUCUCGCUCUCGCUCUCUCCUGUUUUGCUUCCUUAAUCUGCAAAGCAUUCAUCAAUGGCGGUCCUUGCCUCCAAGUCUCAGCUGCUCCUCCUUUGCCUCCUUUCAAUAGGCAAUGUUCUCGCAUCGGCGACGGUCAUCACUCUCCAGAACCAAUGCGGCUACACCGUGUGGCCCGGCACUCUCUCCGGCAACGGCCCCACCCUCGGCGGCGGCGGCUUCUCCCUGCCCCCGGGCGGCUCCGUCCAGCUCCAGGCCCCCGCGGGCUGGUCCGGCCGCUUCUGGGGCCGCACUGGCUGCAGCUUCGACGGGUCCGGCGCCGGGACCUGCGUCACCGGGGACUGCCCCGGCGGGCUCAAAUGCACCGGCGGGGGAGCCCCGCCGGCGACCCUGGUGGAGUUCACCGUCGCCGCACCGAACGCCGGGGGCAUGGACUUCUACGACGUGAGCCUGGUGGACGGGUACAACGUGGGGAUGGCGGUGCGGGCGACCGGCGGUACCGGCAACUGCCAGUACGCGGGCUGCCUGUUGGACGUCAACGCCAACUGCCCGGCCGAGCUGCGGGUCGUCGACGGGUCGGGUAGGGUGGUGGCGUGCAAGAGCGCGUGCGAGCAGUUCAAGACGCCGGAGUACUGCUGCACCGGCGACCAUGGGACGCCGCAGACGUGCGGGCCGUCGUCGUACUCGAAGAUUUUCAAGAGCGCGUGCCCGACGGCAUACAGCUACGCGUACGACGACGCCACGAGCACGUGCACGUGCACCGGGGCGGACUACUUGAUCACCUUUUGCUCGGCCCAGUCCUAAAUGCCUAGAUGCGACUGCGAGCAUCAAUAUUAUUAUUUUAUUUUUUAUUAUUACUUCCAAGUGGUUUAGAUUCAGAGAUAUUCAGCUGAUCUUGCUGGUACGUAGGUUUUGAGAUUUAUUUUAUCAUUUGUUGAAAAAUUUAGUCCUGAUUAUCACGUCCUACAUUAUCGCACUCAAAAUCAUAAAUCCUAAUUACAGAAUGCAAUUAAAUCCUUCUUUUCAAAAUUUGCGCUAUAUAACCCAUGCGGGUAAUUUAAAGAAAAUCGAUGGGAACGUCACAAGGAAACCAAAUAUUUUAUUUAAAUUGCUUUGCUUCAUCCAACAAAAAGUUUAGGGGUUCACCUGUUUACCGUGAAUUU